AUGCCUCGGGGGCGCCCCAAACGCGUCCACAAAGAUGCUGUGAAGCAGGCGGAUGCACGUCCUCGGACGGUGCACCCCUACACCCGCCGUGCAUCUUCCGAGUAUGACGCUGUCUUCGCGCGUGAUCCUAGCGCGCUCGUGGGUCUUCCGGAGCGGCGGAACAACUUUUCCUUUCGCGUUAUCUCACCAUGA